UGUUGCUUAAUAGGAGACUGUCUACCUCAUCAGUGGCAUAUUUGAAGUACCUCCUAUGUCUCAUAACCGUCACAGUAACCUCUGGUCAAUAUAUCGAACCAACCAGAUAUGAUUUGAUUCACUAUCUACUUAGUGAGCAGCGCUAUGACCAUAGCCUACCGCCGGACUUUUACAACGCAAACGUCACAAACGUUUCGGUAGAACUGUCCAUUACUGAUCUUGAUUCUGAGAGUGACAUAGACAUGGAGCUUGAAUUCACGUUGUACAUGCGUUUGAACUGGACAGACAAUCGUCUCAAUUUCACGGACAAUAGAACUUCCUAUGACUCACUUACAUUAGGUGAUGACAUUGUAGACAGACUUUGGAUACCGGACUUGUUUUUCCACCACGAAAGAAAGGCAGAACUACAUGGAUUUUUUACGAAGAAUCAAUUAGCAUAUAUAUACAAAAAUGGUAGUGUGCUUUACAGUGGCAGGUUCAGCGUUAAAUCACACUGCGCGAUGGACUUGACAUACUACCCGUACGACACACAGACAUGUUCAAUAGUCAUUCAAAGCUAUGCUUUUACUAAGGACGAGCUUCUUUUAUACUGGAACGGUGAUAAUGCAGUAAAUGUUAAAGUCAAUACAGUCAAUCUGAAAUUUGGGAAAACGGUACUACUGCACAGUUUUGACUCCCCAUACGAUCAUCCAGUUGGGAAUUAUUCAACACUGACAGCUAAUAUCACCUUCAAUCGCACGGCGGAUUCGUUUGAAAUUAUGUAUAUUGCGCCUCCCGUUGUGCUGGUCAUUAUAUCGUUAACGUCCUUUCUCCUUGCCGACAGUAUAUCUUCUCGAAUUAUUGUUUCUACUGGUGCCUCAACCCAACUUAUCAUGCAAUGGGCUGGGAUCUACAACAAAUUACCACCCGUGUCAGAUCUAACAUAUAUUGAUGGAUGGAUGCUGGGAAACCUCGUGUUCAUCGGAUAUAAUAUUAUUAUAAACGCUGCUAUAUACCACUUUGUUAUUUUAAAGGAGAAAGAAGAGAAAGAAGAAAUGAAAGAACAGAAAACAAAGAAGGAAAAUAUUAAAAUGGAAUCAAAAAUCGAUAAGCGCAAUGACAAUGUUCUUGAAGACAAUCACUUGGAGAUGCAGGCAAGCGGUCAUACUACGCAGCGUAAUCAAUCCACAUCACGACAACAAUCAGAAGGACAAAUUGUGAAAAACAUCGACGAAACUAGUCCUCUUGUUAUAAAUGAGCAGUCAACCUACGAUACGAUUGAGAAAGAAGGUAUCAAGGAAAAUAAUACAAGUGUUGAUGAUAUGGACGGAAGAAGUCGGCAUAAUUUAGGUUAUAACCAUGGAGAGGGUCAAGAACAUGAAAUGACAUCAUCUAGUGACAAUCAGGGCAAUGAGUCACAGAAUUCAACAAACCAAGUCAUUGACAAGAUACGUAACAUUUGGAAAAGACUUAAAGAUUUAAUUUUUUUUUUACACGACUACUUCAAAAAGAAGAAAGACUUCCGUGAAUUUCUCGAAGAUUAUGAGGAAAUUACGACAUCAACAAAAUGGGAAGAUGCAAAAGAAAUUCUUAAAGAAGAUCCCCGUUUUGAACGUGCCAGAAAGAGCAACAUGGCAUCAACGUGGUAUAAAACAUACAUAGAUAAGUUGGUGACACAAAUGUAUUCUAAACUCGUACAGCGUGCCCAAAGGCAGUUCUCGCCUGGUAAACAACAGAGGUAUACGGUACUUUCAAACAAACUGGCCGUGUCCUCAAAGAAAAGUAAUUAUGGCAUCAUCAUAUUCAGAUUUGAGUUUACAAGUGAAAUACGUAGUUCCGAUUCUAAGAAAAUAUAG